GUGUAAUUCUUCUCAGUUACUUUAUCAGUCAUAUACGUCUCGGUUCUCCCAAAGAAAUGGUCAACAUCGAGACUGAGUAUUUUAAUCUGCAUAAAAUUCUUCUGCUCGCUAUUGGUUUAUGGCCUUAUAAACAAUCAAACCUCGCUCGACUUCAAUUUAUUUUCCUGUCUACUAUUUUGACGACAUUCCUUAUAUUUCAGUGUACGAUAUUUAUUUCACAAACAUGUACUCCGGACCUCAUUCUAAAAGUUCUAGCAUCCGUAUUUUUCUUUGCUCUCCUUGUGAUAAAUUACAACAUGUUCGCUGUUGAAGCUAUGAAGGAUCUAUUGGAACAACUACUGCAUGUGUAUAACGAAUUAAAAGAUGAAAAGGAAAUUGCUAUUAUACACAAAUAUGGAUAUAAUGGAAAACGUUUUACCAUUGCAAUUACAAUACUUGCCGCUAUCAGUACAAUGACUUUUAUUCUUGCAUCAUUUUGGUCGGAUAUUUUGAACAUUAUUUUACCGACAAACACAUCAAGAGCACAUCACUUAGUUAUUAUGACAGAGUAUUUCAUCGAUCAAGAAAAAUACUUCUAUUUGAUAUUACUGCACACCAUUGUAUCAUUUUGCAUCGGUGUAAUUUCUGCAUUAGCGAUAGGAACAAUAUUGUUUACGUAUCUUCAACAUGUUUGUGGAAUGUUUAAAAUUGCCAGUUAUCGUAUCGAACGUGCAAUGAGCAUCGACAUGUUACGAAAUAUGAGUCUUAGAAAACACAUGUUAAUAUUCAAGGGUUUAAUUUGCGCUGUGGAUAUUCAUCGACAAGCUAUGAAAUUAUCAAAACACGUGCAAUAUAGUUAUGAAAAAAUGAUGAGCUGUUUAGUAGCAUUCCUAGUAACAUCGGUGAGCCUCAAUCUGUUCCGACUUGCUUCGUGUGAAGAG